CUGAUGCGGAAGUUGUUUCUCAUAAGGCUCUUUUCUGUCCUCCGAGAAAUUGUAAGUGUCAAAUCAGCCGGAGAUCAACAAACCAAAAGCCGAUCAGCAAACGAUUAAAUCUACAAAAACACAUCUGUACAAAUUCCAAAUCGCAGAGGUGAUAGAGAUUGAGCCAGCUCUGGCUCACUCAUGGUUGUGCUGGAGACCCGGGAUCUAACCGGACAAAAGAUGGCCUGUGUAGAUGAACCUCCAGAGAAGCACUGCUGGGUGUGUUUUGCCACUGAGAAAGAGGACCGUGCUGCAGAAUGGGUCAGUCCAUGCAGGUGUAAGGGCUGUACUAAGUGGAUUCAUCAGGCGUGCUUACAGCGAUGGCUUGAUGAAAAACAGAAGGGCAACAGCAGUGGAGCUGUGAGCUGCCCACAGUGUGGCACAGAAUACUGUAUAGUUUUUCCCAAAAUGGGUCCUCUGGUCUACUUCCUCCAGCAGGUUGAUAGAGCCCUUUCCAGGGCCAGUCCAUUCGCUGCAGCUGGAGUCGUGGUGGGCACCGUCUAUUGGUCGGCAGUUACCUAUGGUGCCGUCACAGUUAUGCAGGUGGUGGGUCAUAAGAAGGGUCUGGAUGUGAUGGAGCGUGCAGACCCUCUAUUUCUGCUCAUGGGUUUGCCCACCAUCCCUGUCAUGCUGGUACUGGGAAAAAUGAUUCGCUGGGAGGAUUACAUGGUGCGGCUCUGGCAGCGACACUCCUCCAAGCUCCAGGUCCUCGGUGGGCUUGUCCCUGGAAUGGGCCGUCCUCUGCCCCGGGCCCCAGCAGAGGGCGGUUAUGGAGGAGACCAUCUCUCCGUGUCUCGCACCCUGUGUGGUGCUCUUGUCUUCCCCUCUAUAGCCAACCUGGUGGGUCGUCUCCUGUUCCGCAGAGUCACUUCCAACCUUCAGCGCACCAUUCUGGGUGGCAUUGCCUUCGUGGUGAUCAAGGGAGUGUUGAAAGUGUAUUUCAAACAGCAACAGUACCUCAUCCAGGCCAACAGACACAUACUGAAUUACCCUGAACCAGAGGCAAGAGCAGAGGGCGUUAUUGAGGAUGGCAAUGAAGACAGUGGCAAUGAAUGAACACAAUGCACUUGGGGCAGUCUCAACAAAUGCACUAUAGUAUUGGAUUCUCUAUUGGUUCAGAAUAAAAGUACAUAAUUACAGAUGUUUUAAAGAUUGAAUCAUUAUUUUGUUUCACAUGGCCCUAGUUGAGUAUUUUUUUUUAAACACAGACCAGGAAUUCACUUUGCUACAUAUUCUUUAUUUAAUUCAAGGAUGGCUCAGAAAUGUUCUCAUCUGUGAGAAACUUGUCAGUGGUUGGGGUGUAAAAGUGCCUGUAGUAGCAAAAUGAACCAUUAGAUGGCGCCAAAUGUAGAGCUAUAAACACUGCACUGUGCUCUAUGUCUCUUGUGAGAAAAAAAAAAAUCACAUUUUAAUUUAGAUUGCUAUUUAGACAUAGGCCUGUACCAGCAAAGUAAUCUUG